AAAAAAUAUCAAUAUAGGUCAGUGAGCCCCGUGUCGUACCAGUGUGUAGCGCGGUUGGGGCCUGACUGGUCGCAUUAAAUGGUACCGUUCUCUGUGGUCUGAGGAUUACUGGCUAAGUAGCUGACACGUUUCUCUCCCCGUUUGGCCGUGGCCAGGAUUUCUCUGACGUUAGCGAAAAUUAUUUUUCUGUCCUGGCCUGUUUUGCAACCUGGCACAUCCACUAGCGAAGGAGGGGGCGCGGGCUCCUGUCGGCCCGCCACUCCCGCCCCACGCACAGCUGACUGGCCCCAGUGCUAUCGAAUUGAGCGAGUGUGAGAGCGACGAGGGAAAUCGGUUACCUGCCUCUUGUCUCGCCAACGGAAGUAGCAAAACUAACAACAACCGAAUCGAAGCAGACGACCGCUUGGAGAGUAACUCACACACUAUACCAGGCGUGGAGCACGUAUUUUUCGAGAAGGAGUUAGAAAAAAUGGAGCACCAGAGCCCGCAGACUCACAUAGUGGUACUAGCCGUUGAUAACAGUGUGCCCAGUGAUCUUGCUUUCCAGUUCUAUGUGGACAACGUGAGCAGACCUGGCUACCAACUCCACCUGGUUCACCACUCCAACUACUGGGGAAAUUUUGAGCCUAUGGAUGGUGGUAAGUCCUCAGGUCCCAGCCCUAAACAUUGCCAGGAACUGAUGGCUAAAGAAGAAAGUAAAGUCAAAGAAAUAGAACAGAAAUACAGAAAAUUGAUGACAGAUAACAAUAUUGAUGGUGAUUUUAUUAUUUUAAGAGGAAAGGAUGCAUGGCAUGAUAUAAUUCAAUACCAGGAAAAAGUCAAUGGCAUAAUGAUUGUGAUGGGCACAAGAGGGCAGAACACCUUGAGGCGGACAUUUAUGGGCAGUGUCAGCGACAGCGUUGUCCACCACGCGUCAUGUCCUGUCUUGGUCUGCUGCCAUCCCAAGAACUAAAAACAAAAAAUUUCACACAACUUUGACACCUAUUUGCAUUUCUUUGUUUUUUGCUUUUGUUCAACAGUGAAAAACAUUAGUGUUAUUUAAUUUUUUAUAUGUACUUCUCAUGUCUAAUAUGAUUUGUCAUUGCAGCACAAUUUGUUUGUGUACAUCCAUUGUGAAGCUUAGUUUUGUCUAUCUUUGUGGUUGCUGUAGUGUAAGAUACUUUGUUUUGGAAACUGGAUGUAGAUAUUUAGCUUUGUUCCUAACUGCUCAAUGGUGAAACUCAACUUGCAAACAACUCAUGACAAGUGAUUUCAUUUUUUCAGCAUGUUAUUUGUUUCAUUUUUUUCAGAUUUUUCAUUUUUGUCAACUUAUAAGAUAUUUAAAUGGUCACUUCUGUUAUUUAUUAUGAAAUUCUGUGCUCUCAUAAAAAACAAAGUGAAAGUGUCAUUUUGUUUUCUAAUUGUUAAAUGAUGUAGAAAUUUAAUUACUUACAAUUUUUACUUCAUCUAAAGUAAACUGAAAUGUUGGCGUAGUGAAGAUGGAAUAUUGGGAAUGAUGGUACUGUUCUGGGUGUGAGAAAACUUGUAUUUUCCCGGUAUUAAAGUUUUGUCAACUGGAAACUGAUAUGAGACAAUCCUGAUCUAGAUGAGAUUGGUGAUUGUUCUAGUUACAGAGUCAAUGUGUGUAGCUACUGGGCACCUAAACACGUGCUGGCUGCCUGCACAAUCAUUGUGUGCUCACUAGAAACUUACUCAUGUUUUCCACUAAAGGUCUGGAAGAAAGAGCUUUGUGUUGAUAAAUGACCACUUCCUUCAAAUGUAUUUACUAAACAUCACAUGAAAAUAUUGUUACAUAUCCCAAUUUUUUUUUUUAAGUAAAGAUAUAUUUCAGUUUUAUGAGUUUGUAGUUGAAUAUUUUUAACCAUUUUAGACACCAGUUCCAUUAUGGUUACACAUUCCUUAUGUUUAAGAUGAUCCAAAAUUGUUAGUCAGCAUACUGGUAUGUGAUUAGUUUGUGGAUUAGAACAAACUUUGUACGUGGCAGAGCAUGUUUAAAUAAUGCCUGUUAAAUUCCACUACAAAUGUAGCUUUUUCAGUCAUGUCUUUUAGAUUGUUAGCUUAAGUUAGCAGUAUGGAAACUGAUCAUAGAUUUGAUAAGCAACAGGCUGAAACCACUCAACCCAUUUGGAAGUAUUGGCAGUGCCAGGCAAACCACACCUGCCAGGAAAUCCAAAGUGGUUGAGUUCACUGAAUGAAUGUGCAAUCUUUUUAAAUUAAAUUGAAUCAUUUCAUUCUCGGACUUCUGUCAACUCCGUUAAUAUUUUGAUAAACAAUAAACUUAUUUUUUAAUUUCA